AUGUCAAAUACAUCGCACGCUCUGUAACAUAUCACUUUGCCACACCGAAGGCGAGAAAAGUCUAGAUGAGUGCGACCCAGCGAUUCUGAGUAACAAUGAGUAAAAAACGUUCACCAUGAGUAAGCGUGCAUCAAAACGAGCUCCAGAUCUUUAAAUCGCAUGCCUAAACUCGUCUUUCGCGACGAGUUUUAUUUUCGAGAAUUCUCUUGCCAAAUGUGAUUCGUCCCCCUCGUAUUUCCAUAAUCCCACGAACCAUAUGACCUUCUAAAUAUUGUGUUGCUUAGGAUUGAGCCAAGUACUCGUCGCGCAGGCCGCGCAAAGAUCUCGCGCGGUACGGUCUUUAAUUAACAAACAGAAAGCUUUAUUUCAUCGAACAACAAGACAGUCCCUGGUAUGAAUGCUAAUGAUAAGUUGCAAGCGCAAAAGCAAACGUGCACCAUUUCUGCCUCAUUCGGGUCCGACAAUAUAGAUUUCCAUAGCAUAUCUUUCACCGACAAACUCAUCCUCAAUAUCAUGGUUAAUGGAGCCAUGGACGCUUCUUUCGACAUCCCUUUGCUAACUCUGUCAACAAUUAACAGAAGUAUACAACAAGAAGAUAGUCUAGGCCCCGAACCUGUUGUGCUCAUGGGGGAUCCGAACAAUUUGAAGGCGCAAUUGAUCGCCAGUCAAGUCGGCAAAGUCGUCUCUCAGCUGAGGGAACCCAGAAACGUAAUUUUGAGCAUAAGCUCCCGUUGGUUUGGCAAGGCCGACGGAAUCGCUGAAGGAGAUUUCGAAAAACUCAUGUUCGUGCUACAGAACGUAAAAACCUUGCUUGAUUGAUUAUUCAUCUCACCAAGUCUUCCAAUCUGUGGGUUUAUAUAUUACUGUU